AUGGAUCCUCAAGGGCAUUGUCAGCCCCAAGCUAGCAACAUUUUGAGUCAGUUGCCAUAUGCAACAAACCCACAUGAUUCGACCCAAAUGAAUGGUACUCCGGGAAGAGGAGCCGUGACCCAACCCACUGCGGCCCAAUUAGCCCAACAACAAUUAGCCUAUCAACAAAUGCAACAACAACAGCAACAACAACUUCAACAACAACUCCAAUCAUUCUGGUCAAACCAAUAUCGGGAAAUUGAAAACGUGACUGACUUCAAAAAUCACAGCCUUCCAUUAGCAAGAAUCAAGAAAAUAAUGAAAGCAGACGAGGACGUAAGAAUGAUAUCAGCAGAAGCGCCCAUUGUGUUUGCAAGAGCGUGUGAAAUGUUCAUAUUGGAAUUAACUUUACGGUCUUGGAAUCAUACUGAGGAAAAUAAAAGAAGAACGUUACAAAAGAACGACAUUGCUGCUGCAAUCACGAGAACUGAUAUUUUUGAUUUUUUGGUUGAUAUAGUACCAAAAGAGGAUGUUAAAGAAGAAUCUAUAACAUCUAUGCCAAAUGUAGGUGUGCCGGUUGGAGGCCCUUCUGAUACGUUUCCUUAUUAUUACAUGCCAUCUCAACAGUCACCACAAUCGGCUACACCCGGAUUGAUGUCAAACAAGAGUCUGCUUGAUCCUGGUCUUUUUGCAGCACAACAGCCUCCACCUUACAUUAAUCCAGCAUUAUGGUCACAGCCACCUCAAUUGCCUCAGUCACCCUCAGAUUCAUAAAAAUGAUUUUGGAACUGCUUUUUGGAACAUAAUACACUUUCGAGUUAUUUAACCUAAGGCUUAUUCCUAAUUAAAGAAGGUUCAGUUAAAAUAUAUUGUUUUCGGGUAGUUACU